AUGAGACAGGGAAUGGCCAAAGGAGAAAUGCAGGAAUCGGAGGUGCCCCAUGGCUCCCACGAGGCAGAAGAAGAAGAAGAGAGUAGUGCCACGGUCGGCGGAGAACAGCGGCGAACUCCAUGGAAGAGGGUGGAUUCCUUUCGGGUGAAGUCAUCCAUGGGCGUUGAAGGUCAAACCGACAUGGUGGGCAAAACAGAUUCUCCUCCUGUUGCCACUACGGAGUCUGUAUUCGAUACAGGUGGAACGGAGAAGGGGAAAGAGGAACAACGCGAAGUUGGGGAGGACGCUGGAGAAUUGCAACUGCAACAGGGACAGAGACCUCUCACGGGAGCACAAAAUGCUCACCCCAUGGUGCCGUGUCCAUCUCAUUCAAGAAAAUCGCCUGUAUUAUUUCCUAUUGCUGAACGUGUUGGGGCCCUCACUGGCUCUGUUAUGCAUGAUAUCAUUCAUGCCGAGAUGAGCUUUCAGGGCCCACCGAAACUAACGCUGCAGCCACGACCUCAACUGACACCACCACAAAGGCCAAAUGCUUCUCGAGAAUGGAAUGUAACUCUGGCCUCUGAUGUAUUUUCCAUGUCUCCAGGCACUGUCGCUUCUCGUGCUUCUUCUUUGAAGACUGCCUCGAAUGGAUCGCCUAAUCAUACGCCAUCGAUUCCAUGCAUUCUGCCAAACACGUGGAGAAGUUGUCCAGUGCAUAGCGUGGGCGGGUCCCAUGAGACAGCAAAGCGUCCAUGUGCCUUGCUUCAGAAGAAUAGUCUUAAAGGAGGAAUUGAAGUCUUGCCCGCGUCCUCCUUGUGCUCUCCGGUAGUGCUGAAGCUGCAGCCUCUUGCGAGUGCGGGAACCAGCGGUGGGUCAUCCGGUAUAACUAGCCAUUAUGUGCGUUCACAGAAUUCGAGAUGCUUGACUGUUCCUAUGCCGAGAAAAAUUUCCUUUGCUGGCACGGAGGACCCAGUUGAGAAGAGUGAUGUGCCUAACUUUUUUUCACACGAAUCCGUCGCUUCCAUGAAUAAAAGCAGCACCUGUAGUACAGCCCGUAGCGGUGCCAAUAGUAACGUUAGCGUGAAGAACUUGAAUGGCACCUCAAAUUCUCCACAACCGACGCAAAAUUUGUCGUUUCCUUCAUUAAUGUGCUCAAAGACAAACGGUUUGCGGAAUUCAGGGAAUUCCACGCGAAGUUCCCGGAAUGACUGUGUUUAUCAUACGCAGGCACUUUCUGUGGGACGGCAGGGUUCUUCACCCCCAAAUGAUUUAGAAAAGACUAAUCCGCAGGAGAAAAGCUCUUCCACCACCUCCCUGAGGCAGACAGGCGGCAGUCAUUUCCCCAGUCCGUCACGUCAACAACAGGGAAGGAAGAUGCGUAGUAUUCAGGAGUUACUAGUGCAGGAAGUUGUUAGCCAGCUGCGUCUCUCGUAG